CGCACGGCGAAGUUCAGCCCGCCCGUUCCGUCCGACCUCGGGGGUUUCUAGAAAAGGGUCGAAAUCGGGAUGGAUAGCCCGGUGAAUUGCACACCCAAAAGUGCUUCCCCGACACGGCAAAAAACACAGUGAACCAUGUGUCGAGUCGUGGGCGGUAUCUGGCGGCAAUGGCAGAGUCAUGGUCAUGGGGUUUUCGUCCCGAGACCUCGGUCCACUCGGCGGCAGUGACCUCACAGCCCGUCGCUUUGGUAGCUUGGGGAGGGCAGUUGGAGGGGGGGCAGAGGAUAAGAAGACGGCGCAUUCCCCAGCGGCCUGCGAUGAGGGCUGUCAACGAACGAACCUACCUACAUCUCAUCAACAACUCCUUCGUCCCGGCUAUAACCACCUACCUAGGUACCGCAACGAGCUACGAAAUACCUGUCCGCACUUUGUGGAUACGGAUCGUCACGUUCAAGUCAGAAACUUUAGGGGGAAAACCCAUCUUUGCCAAUAUUCGGCCGCUAGGUUUUCAAGUCCUUCUCCUGCCCCCUCCACCGUCCGAGCGAAGGACACAUACAGCAAAACAAGCCCCGUAACGAGGCCUGUUACCCUGCCCUGCAUUUGCAUCCGCAUCCGCAUCCGCGUCCGCGUUCAUACCCCGCAGCACCUAUUAUCCGCCUGCAUCAACCCCCCAAACUGCAAACCAAACCAAACCAAACCCGCAAACUCCUGGCGCUGGAGACGAGACACUGGGCGAGACAUAAGCGUCGGUACCUAUAUUAGCAGCUUCCAGCUUGGGCACAUCCUUAGCUCCUGCUACCACAGUAUCAACAACCAACGCCUCCAGGUAAGCAAAACAACACCCCGUGUCACAAUGUACCUUUCUUCCCCCGCUUCAACCCCAACCCCCCCCGCCCCGGGCCCCCGGCCACCGUCCCUCACCUUUCAUGUCGCCAUCAGAAAGGUACGGCGCUGUAUCCGUCCGUUCACUAUCUACCUACCUAGAAAGGUACCUACACAGUAUCUCCACAACUUCCUGUCUGUAACCUUCUCCCCUCACCUCCCUCCCUGUUCCCCGACGCCCUAGCUGGAGCCUGUUAGACGGGGGCGCAUGUCCGCUUCCAUUUCCCCGGCCAACUUGGAAAUGUUCCAGACACGGAGCAGGUUGGCGCCUGUAAUCGCAAUGCAUCCCAUUCGCCCGUCUGGAA